GGUUUGGUAAGUUUAUAUAUAACAUCUGAAGGGAAAAGAAAUUCCAUAGAAUCCUUUUCAUCGAUAAAGAAUUUAAGUUCUUCAGUUAGACUUGCGGUGGUAGCGUUCGUAUGAUAUACAAACGCCCCUACCAUUAUCAAUGCUUUCUUCUAAUAUAGCAAUUUCAAAUGCUCUACCGGCUACAGAAUGAUGACUAAGAGUCUCUUCCGUCUUGUUAACCCUUAUUUUCAAAGAAGAGAUGUGUCAAGCGAGCAUGGGUAGUUGGACCACAAGGACAACUAUCAAUUUAACCAUCUACAAAAGCGGUUACAUUUUCUUUGGUUACCGUACCAUCAGAAUUACUUAACUCUUGAGAAAAUAUAUGAUAUCAUAAAUUUUGUGCUCUGCAAGCUCACUAAAUGCAAUACUGGAUGUAAAGAAUUACUUGCGCUGAUGAAGAUAAGACAUAUCAUUCGUAUCUUAGUUCGACUGGAUAUUGUAUUUGCUUGUGAAUAUUGAGACAUUGCAUAUGUGAUACCAAAACUAAAGAAUAUGAUAGCUAUGACACUUGAAUAUACCUAGUAUAUCUAAUAGCCCCGGUAAGAACAGACUAUCACGCCGAUUUCUGUUCUAAAUAUCAGACUCACUGCCUGAAUCCAACCAAUCGUCCUCAACUAGAUUUCGUCUGUUUUGAAUACAGCACCUUUUAUUCAAAACCAUGAGAUUAUGUAACAUUAUCUCGAACAGAUACUUUUAGUUGUUGGUACUCACGACUGAGACAUGGAAAAAUAUCAUACGACUAAUUAAGUGGUCUUCAGAGAAAGCCAAAUCUCGCCAAUGACGAAAUAGGGGCGAUUAUUUUCCGCUCAUAAGAUUAUUUAAGCGAAUAUCUCUCAGAUAAGUUACUUUGACAAGCAAACUUCAUUUCAGAAAUAUGUUAGUUUUAACAAAGAGUGAUGUUUCAAAAGUAAUAGAUGAAUUUCUCAAUACUGAUGAUUUAAUUGAUAAUCAGAGAAACGCAUUGAUAAGCUUCUCAAAGGGAAAAGUACAGAAUCCACUGCGUUCAACAAUCAAGUCAGGGAAUCAUAAUUUGCUUUACAUGCCCUCUAGUGUUGAUCAUCAAGCUAUCGGAAUGAAAGUUGUCGCUGUACCACUACCAACUGCAUCAGUGAAGGUUAAAUCGGAUGGUCUACCUGGAGCGACGAUUGUACAUGAUGAAUCGACCGGAUUAGUUGAAGGACUUGUGAAUGCUACCGAAUUGACUGCUUUACGUACAGCUUCUAGCUCAUUACUCGGAACAUCGCUAUUUGUUCCCAAAUCCGCGAAUCCAAGAAAGAUGGUCAUAUUCUCUACUGGGAAACAAGCUUACAAUCACGCUGCUUUAUUUUACAGAUUUUACAAAGAAUCAAUCGAUGAGAUUACAUACUGGAAUCAUAGUUCAACAAGUUUGGAUAUCCUGAAUUCAAGUAUGUUUGAUUUUGUCGAUACCGAAAUUAUCCAGUCGGUGAUAGCGUCGAGUGAAGGAAAGAGAGUAGAUGAGAAAUUGUCUACUGCUGAUAUUGUCAUUUGUUGUACGCCAUCACUGGUCCCCCUCUUCCGCUCGGACAAAGUUAAAGAAGGUGCACAUAUCACCCUUAUAGGUUCAUAUAAACCAGAAAUGCAAGAGAUUGACACACGGUUGAUACAUGACGCAGGUGAUUCGAUUAUUGUAGACUCACGUAGUGAUUGUGCUGAGGAGGCUGGUGAAUUUAUCAGGGCAGGAACGGAUCUUAGUAAGGUACAUACUUUAGGUGAUUUACUUCAAGAUGGAAGUAGUUAUCUCAAGAGAAACGGUAGGGUAUCAAUAUACAAAGGUGUUGGAAUAGGUAUCCAAGACUCAAGCAUUGCUAGGCUUAUCCUUGAUAAAGCUAAGCGUAACGAUAUCGGAACGCAUAUCGAUUUCAAUUAGGUUUUAAUAUCGUGAUUGUUAUUUUUAUGAAUUACCUAUUUUCAAAUUAUAACCAUUUUAAUUUUCCUACAUUCAAUAAGGCCUUUAGACAACUUAUGGCUGAACCGACUUAAAAGGUAUCUAUGUCUUUAUUUCAGGAUGCACCAAUGUAAUUGAUAGUAGACUUUCUACAGACGCUCAUUGAGUUCGAGGCUUUUC